GCCCUAAACAAAUAUGUGACGUCAUCAAUUGCCUUGGUCCUUCAUUGGUGGAGAAUUCCACACUGUGAUGUCAUCACCAAGCGACCGUAGACGAUUAUUUACACCAGUGCAUCAAGUAAACCGCAAACCCGUCUGGUACCGAAUUGUUUGCACAUUGUCCGUUCGUGUUCUUCCCACCCGCCCUGGUGAUGGCGCCGCAGAAAAUCAUCCCGUGGUCGGUGAGCGAGGUCACGCAAUUCCUGAUGCUGGUGGCCGACGAGAAGAUCCAAGUGGAGCUGGACGGCACUCGCAACGAGAAGGUGUAUCGCGAGCUGGCCCAGCGAAUGGCCUCCUUUGGCUACAAUCGGACUUUCCGCCAGUGCCGCGAGAAACUCAAGAAGCUCAAGAGCGACUACCGGGCCAUUAAAGACAACAACUGCCGCGGAGGCUCCAACCGCAAGAGCUGGAAGUGGUUCGGACAUAUGGACGCCAUUUACGGACACCGGGUUCGGGACAGCUGCAACAACCUGAGGGACGACUCCAAUUUCCUGGAAGUUAUCACUGAGGACGACUUGAGCCCCAUAGUGCAAAGGUCAAAACUGGAGGAUAGCACUUUGAGCUCCAAAGGCGGCCCUGCUGUCCUUUCCGAAUCCAUGGCCACCCUGCCUCAACACUCCGAGGUGGACUCCGAUGCAGAAGAAGACGACGAUGUCAGUGUGCCUGAAAUGUCACCGCCAAAGCGCAAUGGCCGUCGGAGGGCGCCGCGCGACUCUGACCUGGCGGCUGUUCUGCGUGAUAUUCACUCGGCUGAUGUGGUUCACCACCGCGUAGAAGAGGCGCAGCAGGAGCGCGCCGUCCGCCUUCAGGAACUUCAGCUACAGCAACGGGCUGAACAUUUCCAGCUAGCCCUGGAGGAAAUGAGAUUGUCCAGGGAGACAGAAGAAGCUCUCAGGAGACAGGAGCUGGAUGCAACCAACACCUUUAACCAGGCCUUCUUGGCCAUGCUCGGGAAGCUGGUGGAGAGCUCCAACUCGCAAUGACCAUAAAUAGCCCAAUGGUAUGGCGGCAUGGACAAUAUAGUUGGAACACCCACAGGAGGUUGAGGAAAUACUGGGAAGCUUUUGUGAAGUUGGUAACCAGUGAGGAUGACAAAAGUGUAGAAGGUACCAAUGAGCUUGCUAAAGUUGUGGAACCUUGAAGCGAUGUUGACAAAAUGGUGGAAACGUUCCAUUGAUGUUGACGAAAUGGUGGACAUUCCACAAGAGGCUGACUUAAUAGCGUAACCUUUGCAGUGACAAAAUAGUGACGUUCUCAGAAUGUUCUAUCGACCAAAAUGGCAGAAUGUUCAAUGGACAAAAUGGCGGAAUGAUCUCGUGACAAACUGGUGGAAAUGUUUCACUUAAGAGAAAUGCAAAAUAUAAAAUAUUUCAGUGAGAAAAUUGCUGAUGUUAUCUGAAUGUACAUUAUACAUGAUAGUUUCCGUCCAAGUCUAUCAGGCCAAAGUAUGUAAAAAAGUUUUUAUUGUUAAAGAAAUAAAAAAACAUUUGUAUUUAACUGUAUAACUGUAAACAUAACAAUGUUCAUUAAAUAUCAAUUUACACAUUCAUGUUAAUAAAAUAGAACCAAGCCUUC